AUCCAACAUAAUUGAAGAUGGCGAGUAGCCGAGAGCAGAGAUGGUCUCUCAAGGGCACGACUGCUCUAGUCACCGGUGGCACCAGAGGCAUUGGUUAUGCGAUAGUGGAAGAAUUAGCAGGAUUUGGUGCAGCAAUACAUACCUGCUCAAGAAAUCCCACAGAGAUCAAGGAAAGGCUGGAAGAAUGGAAAUCCAAAGGCUAUCAAGUAACUGCUUCUGUCUGUGAUUUAUCUUGUAAACAACAAAGAGAGGAGCUCAUCAGCACUGUCUCUUCCAUUUUUGAUUCCAAACUCAACAUCCUUAUAAACAAUGCUGCAUCGACCCGAAUGAAAGAUGCAACGGAUCAUACGACGGAGGAUUACAGAUUUAUAAUGGGGACCAACUUUGAAUCGCCAUACCACUUGAGUCAACUGGCGUACCCACUGCUGAAAUCAUCAGGCAACGCUAGCAUUGUUUUCAUCUCUUCUGUUGCUGGUGUCAUGGCCCUUCCUUCCCUUUCUGUCUAUGCAGCCUCUAAAGGUGCGAUCAAUCAGUUGACAAAGAACUUGGCUUGUGAGUGGGCGAAAGACAACAUUCGCACCAAUGCAGUAGCACCAUGGGGUGUCAAAACCACUAUUUCUGAUAAGGAGAAGAUCGACGACAAACUUAUCGAAGCAUACGCAGCAUUAAUGGCUCGAACUCCACUUCGUCCAAUAGCAGAGCCUGAUGAAAUAUCACCAUUAGUCGUUUUCCUUUGUCUUCCAGCAGCAUCAUAUAUUACUGGACAAGUUAUUGUUGUCGAUGCCGGAUAUACAGCUGGUGGUUUCAAAUCAUAAAACAAUGAGGCUUAUCAUCUUGAAUAUCAUUCUAGAAAAUUAC